AUGUCAAUUCCUCUUGUUGAUCAAGUCCAACAAAACUUAUUAUUCCAACAAUUAUGGACUCAAGUUACACCAAUCAAAUUAUCAAACAUAACAAUAUUACAAGGUUUUCCAAAGGAAAAAUUAAUAUCAGAUGAUGAAACUAAUUUAAAUAAAGAAUUUGUAUUACCUAUAAAACUCAAGGAUGAAAUAACACCAAAUAUGUUAGACCAGGUGUUUAAGGAGUUACAGGGUGUUAAAAGGUUGGUAUUGGGGAUUGUUAAUGAUGAUGGAACUGUUGUUUAUUAUAUUGUUCAUGAUGGAGUUUAUAAACCAAAGAAGAAUUAA